CGAUUCUCUGCCCUCCUGGCAUUCCGGCCCCCCAAGGCCUCCACCAGAAGUGUUUCAGUAGUGCUGGCGCUCUGGAUGCUGCUUUUCCACUGGUUCACCAGGAUUGACGUCUGGCUCCACUCUCUCAUGUGCAGCUUCCCCGGCUCUGCCACUGACUACCGCGUUCUUCUGGUCGCAGAUCCCCAGCUGAUCGACAACCACACGUACCCAGGCCGGCCCUGGCCGCUGCUGAAGCUGUCGCAGAUCACCGCAGACGACUACAUGCGGCGGAACUACCGUUCGUUGCUGGCUCAUCUGCGUCCUGAGGCGGUUUUUUUCCUUGGAGACCUGAUGGACAACGGCCGUUCGAGCACCGAUGAGUACUAUGCGCGCGAGCUGAAGCGGUUCAAGCACAUUUUCUUGCCCGAGACCACAGAGACGCUGACGUUGGUGCCGGGGAACCACGACAUUGGCUACGGAGACGGUGUCAAGUUAGCGUCGCUGCAGAGGUUCGAGGCCUCUUUUGGAAAGCCAAACCAGCGAAUCGCGCGCAAGGGCCACGAGCUGAUCUUUCUGGACACCAUUUCGCUGUCUAAUACGCAGGACGAGGCGAUUUACGGCGACGCACGCCGGUUUCUGGAGGAAAUAGGCCGCGAGCCAAAAAUGCAACCCCGGAUUCUUUUCCACCAUGUGCCGCUGUACAGGGACCCGAACGAGCAGCCGUGCGGGAAGAACCGAGAGGGCGGGAAAUUCCCCGUCACUAAGGGCCACCAGUACCAGACGGUGAUCGACCCGACGUUGUCGCGGGAGAUUCUGGAGAAGAUCCGACCAGACUACAUUUUCAGCGGAGAUGACCAUGACUACUGCGAGGUGGUGCACGAAUACACGACGGGCGACGCCGUGGAGGUGUCUGUGAAGUCGUUUUCUCUCGCGAUGGGUAUCAAAUUCCCCGCCGUCGAGCUGCUCAGCAUCGGCGAGGCCGGGGGAGAGGCCGCCGUGGCGUACUCGCUGUGCUACCUGGGACGGCCGUUCCGGGACAUUGUCGCGUACGUGGCAGCAGCCGUUGCAAACGGGCUGUGGUUGCUGUGGAGCUUCACAGACAGGCGCGGGGGCGUAAAGGUGGACUUUCCGCGGCUGCUGAGGUACACAGCAAUAGAAUCUGCUGCGGUGACAUUGAUGUACUGGAUAACUAAAUGAAAUAAUGUUGAUUGAUAAAAGGCAUUAAAUAAGCGCAAUAUCGUGGCCCGUGGCAUGGAACUCGACAAAUUGCUCGAUGGCGCGCGCCAAAGCGGUCCGUGUCUCAACACCGAGGGUGGAGUCCGGACUCUGCGUCGCGCGCCAGCCGAGAAACUCGUCGUCUCGACACUCUCUGGGCGAAGAAGGAGGCGUGAGUAGACUGGAGGCGGCGGCUCCAGUCUUGUCCGCGGCGAGCUGCUUCUCGCAUUCGCGAGUAAACUCACAAAGCCGCUUGUACUCUGUCUCCUUGAUAUGCAGCUUGUAACGUAGCAAAUCCAAGAUUUUUCGUUCGUUCGUCUGUAACUCGUCGACACUCAGGCCUGUGAUCUUGCUCCAUGUGGUGAGCGUGUAGUUCUGGUCCUGCAGAUACUUGGAGGCCAAAAUUAGGCAGGUCAGAAAACAUCGUUUAGGACAGGUCACAGAGCUGAGCCCCGGGUAAAAAUAUAGUUGUUGUUGUCUCUGAGCGUACACUUCCAGCAGAUAGUACAUUGUCACGUGAAGAACAGGGUUGCUGCUGCGCGACCGCUUGAGUACCUCGGCCACAAACCGGUUCAGGUUGGCGCUGGUGCGGAAACACUCCUGCAAGAUUAUGACGCAUAGCAGGCUCAAGGACGCCAGCACGUCUCUCUCGCGGCAUUCUACCUGUAUUCUCAGCUUCCUGGAUCUCCAGCUGUCUUCUGGGGUCAGAAGUUGGUCCAAUGCAGGACCCCCCAUCGAUGAAUAAAUGUGUUGGAGACGAAAACGGAUGCUUAAAAGGCCACGGUUUUUUUUUUGUUAUUUUUUU